AUGCUGUUCAGAGACCAGUUCAUGCAAAACGCCCUGGAUCCACGGCCACCGGUGCCUGAAAAGGACCACCUGGCUCUGUCCUUUUCGUUUGAGGCCCAUCCGGAACCCACAAAGGUCUCACCCUUCCUGCCCUUGAAUGACUCCACCUUGAAGGUGAAUAACCCUUACGGCCGCCUGGAGCCCUACGGGUACCGCUACUACGAAAGCGGUGGUUUCGAAGAGACGAGCCAAAACAAUCUUCACCAAAACAGCCUGGGGCUGGAACAGCACGAGAUGGACAGGUUCCCCAGCAGGAACCCAUUCGACGACGAUAUCAAGGACCCCUUCACAGAUAAGGCCAGCAGCGUGGACGAGAAGUUCAAGAGAAACGACAGGGCCCGCCGCAAGCUCGAGAACAGGUUGCCUCGGUUCCAUUACACAAAGCUUCCCUACUUCACCAUCUUGGUCACCUUGAUCCAGGUGAUCGUCUUCAUCGUGGAAUUGGCCAAGAUGGCCCAGCUCACGGGCCUGGCCUUCCAGACGUCUCCUUACUUCAACCCCAUGUUGGGACCUUCCACGUAUCUUUUUAUCAACAUGGGGGCCCGAUACGUUCCUUGUAUGCACAAACUAGAGGGCAUCACCUCCGACCCUCUGAUCCAGUUCCCAUGUCCAAAUUCCACGUCUGCAGACACGAACGUAUGCAGCCUAGCGGAGCUUUGCGGCUUGAGCGGGAUUUCCUUGGAUUCCAGCGGCUACCACCCGGACCAAUGGUACAGAGUCAUCACACCAAUCUUUCUCCAUGCGGGCUUCCUCCACAUCGGCUUCAACCUCCUUCUUCAACGUGCCAUUGGAGUCUUGAAAUACGCCAUCAUCUAUUUGGCUCUGGGUAUAUCGGGCUUCCUUUUGGGUGCAAACUUCUCACCCAACGGAAUCGCUUCCACGGGUGCUUCAGGCGCCCUUUUUGGCGUUAUUGCCACCAACUUCCUUUUAUUUAUCUACUGCGGACGCAAGAAUACCAAUCCUUACGGUACCAAACACUACAAAUUAUUCAUCUUCAUCAUGGUGCUCGAGGUGAUUGUGGCCUUUGUCUUGGGCCUUCUUCCUGGCAUGGACAACUUCAGUCACAUUGGUGGCUUUUGCAUGGGGCUCUUAUUGCUGAUCCUCUUUCUUCCAGACCCCUCAUUCGUUUACAUCGACGGUAUCUACACCUACUAUGCUGACACCUCCACCGCACAGCUUAUGCUCAACCUGUGGAAUCCCAUGGACAAGUACGGCGACAAAAUAAAAUGGAAGGUGCUUACCUGGGCUGCCGUUAGGGUUGUCUGCCUCGUUUUGGCCAUCCUCUAUUUUGCACUCUUGUUCCAAAAUCUAUAUUCGGACGAGAUGAAGCAAGGCAAGAAGACAUGCACCUGGUGCAAAUAUAUUAACUGCAUUCCCGUCAACGGUUGGUGUGAACAGGGCGAGGUGAGCGUGGAAAAUGUUGAUAGCUCCGGAAACCCAACUCUGGCCUCCCCCACGUCUUCAGCGCCAGCGCAGUCAUACUCACUCGUUACCAUCACCUCGCCUGGUCAGACAGUACCAACUACCGAAGCUCGCAAUACCCAAAAACGUGACGUCGUCAUCCCCACAGAACUUCCCACAAACGCAAAGCGGUUCCAUGUUGAAUUGCUGGAUACUUUCGGCAGCAAUCUGACUCAAGCACCGGCUGUCACUUCCUCGAUGUUGACUGACAUCACCCUUGUGGCUGUGAUGGCGAUGCUCACAUUCCAGUAUCUUCGCCGCCGCCCUCGCAAAGCAUAA